UGCUUGGAGCUGCUUUAGUUGCGUGCGAGACGCGAAUGCGAGAGCAUCGUAAAGAGAAUAAGGAAUAAUAAAGAUUCAAUUGAAUUGCGUGAGACUCGAAUUCAGUUAACGGCUAACGGAACGAUAAACAACAUAUAAAAAUUCGAGAUAGAAAAAUCAAAUGAAAUACAUAAAGUGUGUGUUGAGUGCGAAAGAAAAGAAAAGCAAUAAUAAAUAUUUCGCUCUGCGCUCAAAAUGAAUUUUAUGAGCAUUAAAACAAAGUUCAAAAUUUUCAAGCAGCAACAAAAACAAAGUGAACAACUUCAACAACAACAAAAAUACUCGAACUAACUGAAGCAGCAAUUGGAUUAAAGGCGCGCCCCCUUCUGACGCAUUUUGGAUAAACAAGCGAUACAAAAAAAAAUAAAUAAAAAGAAAUAUACAAACAUUUAUGAAAAAUAUAUAGCAAAUACACUAAAUAAAGAAGAACAAGAAAAACAAGCAGAGAAAAGACUUUUGUAAAGCGCAUAAAACAGAGAGGGAAAAAAGUAAAUAAAAAAUGGAAGCCACAACAAACAGCACAGAAAGCCACACGAAGCUGCAGCUGGAUGAGGAGGAAGAGGGUGGGCAACAGCAGCAGCAGCUGGAGGCGCCACAAACAGCGACGGCGACAACGGCAACAGCGGCGACCAUCAUUGACAUUCCAGCAGCCGUCUCCUUUGCCUCCUCGCACAGUUCCUUUGCCUGCUCCUCCUACGACACGGACUGCAGCACGGCGAGCAGCACUUGCUGCACCCGCCAGGGCGAGCACAUUUACAUGCAGCACAAGCUGCCAGCAACAACAGCAACAUGCACAUCAGCAGCAGCGGCGGCAGCAUCCACAACAGCAGCAGCAGCAGCUAACACAGCUACAACAUGCAACAUGCCACCGAUGGAAACGGAUGAACUGAUGAUGCUCAAAUUCGAGCAUCGCAAACAUUGGCCGUGGUUCAUUCUGAUGAUCUCCGUCAUUGAGAUUGCAAUCUUCGCCUAUGACCGCUACACAAUGCCCGCCCAGAGCUUCGGCCAGCCGGUGCCCAUACCGAGCGACUCGGUGCUCGUCUAUCGACCCGAUCGCCGCCUCGAAGUCUGGCGGUUCUUCAGCUACAUGUUCCUGCACGCGAACUGGUUCCACUUGGGCUUCAACAUCAUCAUCCAACUAUUCUUCGGAGUGCCCCUGGAGGUGAUGCACGGCACGGCCCGCAUCGGCGUCAUCUACUUGGCCGGCGUCUUCGCCGGCUCGCUGGGCACCAGCGUCGUCGACUCCGAGGUGUUCCUGGUGGGCGCCAGCGGCGGUGUCUAUGCCUUGCUGGCAGCACAUUUGGCCAACAUCACGCUCAACUAUGCGCACAUGAAGUCCGCAUCCACGCAGCUGGGCUCCGUGGUCAUCUUUGUCUCUUGUGAUCUGGGCUAUGCUUUGUAUACGCAAUAUUUUGAUGGCGCUGCCACGCCCGCCUUCGCCAAGGGUCCCCAGGUCUCGUAUAUAGCGCAUCUGACCGGCGCCCUGGCUGGCCUGACCAUUGGCUUUCUGGUGCUCAAGAACUUCGGGCAUCGGGAGUACGAGCAGUUGAUUUGGUGGCUGGCACUGGGUGUUUACUGUGCCUUCACCGUCUUCGCGAUUGCCUUCAACCUGAUCAACACUGUGACGGCGCAGCUGAUGGAGGAGCAGGGCGAGGUGAUCACACAACAUUUGCUGCACGACUUGGGCGUGUCCUAAGCAGCUAGCGAAACACAAGAUAUAUAGUAUAUAUACAUCGAAAAUAUAUAUAUUAAUAUAUAACCAGGAGAGAAACAUAGACAUAGACAAAAAAGAAAAACAAAACAAAAACAAAGUUAGUAAAAUUUUGAUUUUAGUUUUAAACUGAAAUUCAAAAUUCGUUCGGCUUCACUUUUCCGUUCCGUUCCGUUGCGUUGCGUUACGAGUUUCGUUUUCCAACAUUUCACGCAGAACAGCCGAAAAGCAGAACAGAACAGCAAAACAACAAACAAAAAUGAAAAAUGAAAGAACAAACACACUCAAAGAACGGGCCGAAACGUGUAAACAAAUGUUGUGAUAGAACCAAAGACUGAAUUUAUUUUGCGUGUAAAGAAAAAAAAAAACAAGAGAUAAACCCCAACCUCAAACAAAAAAUGAGAAACAAAAGGAAAAACCCCCCACUAAAGCGGGAAAACUAUAACUAAACGCCGCUAGCUAUGAUUUCCUAUAAAAGAAAUGUUUAUAAUUUCGCUCACUUAUUUAUUUAUUUGUCUGCUGUCUUAACUUAUUAAUAGGAAUUUCGCAUCAGAAACUCUUUGUUUAUAUUUAUAGAACAUUUAAUUUAUUUAUAUACAGAAAACAAAAUAAAACUCUAGAUAUAUAGCUAUGCCUAAUUAGCCUAUAACAAAUUGGAAUUGUAAAUAUUAUUAAGUCGCACACUAGUCACAAGAAAAAAGAGGAAGAGAAAACCACAGCAAACAACAAUUAAAAAAAAAUUAAAAAUAAAAUUUCAAAAUUUAAACACAAAUAUUUAUUAAUGCAAAACGAAAAAAAAAGCCAAAGAAAAUAUUAAACAAAAUAAAAUGUAAUACAAUAUGCAAGCAUUUUCCUUACUAAAAAUCAAAUUGAAAUUGAAAUUCAAAUUCACGUUAGUUACAUCUUGACAUGUUGACCGACAAAUACCAUAUACAUAUAUACACAUAUAUACAUAUAUUCACAAAUCAAAUCAAGAGUUAAUCUAGCGUAAAACUCAGCAAAGCGUAAGCCAAAAAAGAGUCCAAAAACCCUAUCUAACCCCCAACCCGCCCCAUGUAAAAGCUAAGCUAAAGUAAAUAGUUGUGACCACGCCCAUUACAAACUGUAACAGCCCCCAAAAUCUACAUAUAUACAUAUAAAUUUAUGUAUA